CUCUCUUCCCUGCAUAUUUCAUCCGUUACCUCUCCAAAGCAAAGCCUCCUUGGCUUCUCCCCUUCCCUCACAUCAAGCCAUCCACUUUCCUCAACCUUUGAAGCUUGUCAAAGCCAGUAGAUUUCUUCUUUCUCUUCCUUUUUGUUCUACCUUUUACUCUACUUCUACUCGGUUCGCUUCCAAGCUCUAACACAAUGAUCCAAGGACUGUUAGGUGGCGUCGUGGAUGAGAGGAAGAUCUCCCACCCGGGAGGCCUUCUGAUUGAUCCCACCUCCUCGUCCUCUCCCACCUCUUCCAUAUCGUCCCAGUCUCAGUCCUCAUCCUCACCCUCGCUGCUGGCGGGCACCGCGGAGCAGCAGCCGCAGCAGAACCUCCGGUGCCCCCGGUGCGACUCCACCAACACCAAGUUCUGCUACUACAACAACUACAACCUGACCCAGCCGCGUCACUUCUGCAAGACCUGCCGCCGGUACUGGACCAAGGGGGGCGCGCUCCGCAACGUCCCGAUCGGCGGUGGGUGCCGCAAGACUAAGGCGGUGCCCGUCAUUGCCGCGGCCGGGGUUUGUGGUAAGUUGGGCAUCACCAAGGCGAAGCCAUCUUCACCUGACGUCCUACUGAGGUCCGGUCUAGCCAGUGGGCUGGAAAAUGAGCUUUCUUCGAGCCCGAUACUGUGGCCUUCGCCACAUACCUCCCACCUGUUGAGUCUUUUGAGGUCCAGCUGCGCCCAAAACCCUAACCCUAUCCUUAGUUCUGCAACCAGCCUUAACCUCGGCUCUGCUCGAAUCAAGGAGGACAGAACCAUGCUUGGCUCGCACAUGGUGGCCGAGGCAGGAGGCACACUAAAUACUGCUCACAGCUUAAGCUUGGAUCCACUGGGUCAGCUCGGGUUAAGCGCUUCACUGUGGAGGAACAACGACUACUCAUACCAGCAACAGCAGCAGCAGCAGCCACAGCCACAGCCACAGCCGCGACUGACACAGCCACCACCACAAAAUAACAACACACUGCUAGGUGACAUACCAAGCUCGGAGAUCCAAGAGCUGUACCAAAAGUUCAAGUCCUCGGCCAAUUACUACAAUCAGCAGUUGCAGACGGUAAUCAACAAUGUCGGUAGCUUCGAUUCUUCUUGCUCUUCGGCUACUUCCAUGAUGACCACAGCUGGUGCGGUCACCACUGCUGCAACUCCCAUCUUGGAACCCAUCCCACACUCCGUCGGUGAGUUUGGUUACUGGAACCCCACCUUGGCAUGGUCUGAUCUACCCACUCCUAAUGGUGCUUUCCAUUGACGGAACUCACUUCUAGAAUAGAGUUUGUGUUUAGGGCUUGUUCUUCUACUCCUUUUGUUCAUGGUGUUGAGCUAAGUGAUGAAUUAUAGAUAUGGAUGUAUGAUUCUACUGUCACAGCUUUUCCUAGUCUUGCUUGUGCUGUAAUGGGUUAAAAAUGUGUGUUUUCUUUGUGCUUCCGGGUUGUAUUGAUCACAUUGAGAUCAGCUAAGAAUUAGAUAUAAUAGUUCCUUUCUUGUCUC